UUUUGGCUCCUCGGCGAACUAGCUGCGCACCGCGACCGGCAAACGAGCAGACGCGAGGCCGUGGGGCAGCGCACGACGCCUUAUAUCGCACCGACCGGGCGACAGGCUCACGCGCGCGCGGCCGUUGGGCAGCGCACGACGCCUUGUAUCGCACGCAGCACCUCACGCGCGCGCGGCCGUCGUUGGACGCACUCAUGGCGCGCCGCCUCAAUACGCUGCGCCUGCCCGCGGUCAUCCCCGAGGGCAGCGCCUACGAGUCCUCGAGCGACAAGGAGAAUGAGCCCGUACCGCCGACGCGCGACGAGAUCAAGGCCGCCGACGCGGCCCUCAAACGCAUGGAGGCGGCGCUGCGGGUGUCGCAAGCCGUGAAGAAGCCGACGAAGUCCGAGCGCGUCGCGCGCGACGUCGCCCGGGCCAUGGCGGCGCACGCGCGCCGCCCGAGCGCCGGCGGCGAGGAUGUGAGUGAUGCGCCGCGCUGGAGCGACGACGACGCCGCGGGCCGCGCGCUGAAUGAGAUCGACGACAACUGGCGCGACGACCCGGUCUUGAAUUCAGGAAGGGCGCGGCGCCGGACGUUGGGUGGAAGACGGCCGCGGCGCAUCGUCCCGCCCGUGCCGAUCGUCUCGCCGCCGCCGUCGACGGAGCGGCUCCUGCGCGCGCGGGACCGCAUGGUCCAGGCUCGAAAACGGUUGCACCAGUGUUCUCCCGGAAGAAGUCUCUGCGAGGACCUGGGGUGCGGCUGUGCGUCGAACGAGGCCGCCCCAAUGGUUGGUUUGUGUGCAGCGGACGCGGCGGAGUGCACAAUAAGUUAAAAUUAUAGCUC